AUAUGACAUACGGCCAGUAACAUUGUAAUUAAUUCUUAGUUAUUAUUAUAUGAGGCACUACUCUUUGUCUCUUUGUUUUUCUGUGCCUAUGACAAUACAAAAAAUUAAAAACAGGAAUGGAUGAAUGUUCCAUGUGGUAACUAGAUCUUUAUCUGUGGGCGAAUGUGAGACUUAAAAACGUCCACAAGAAUCGCAGUCUCCAAAGAGUAGCAUAAUAAUACGGCAGUCUCAUUAAAGUGUCAAAAUGAGUUUUGGUAAAUGGUAUACAAUAGAAGAUGUAACGCAAGACAUUGCAAGGGCAUCUGGGCAGCUCGUCAGUGACCUGAACGCAAAAUAUGUAGUUGUGGGAAAACAAAAACCGCGAUACAAUACAGACAAAGAUGAGUUUGAAGACAUGCAAAAUUUAAAAGGUCAAUAUAUCAUAAGGGACGAGAAUAAACCAGACCUGCAGGGGAUCUCCGAACUGAUACGCUUGGUUGACGGCUAUUCAACAAAUGAAUCAUCUCUCGACGAGUCUAACAACAACAAAACGAGAGAAACGUUUACUCAAGAGGCUGUAGUCAUAAGUAAAUUAAAUCCAUAUGUACCGGCUUUCGUACCAAAAUCUAGUGCACAAUUACUGCCUAAUGUUUAUUCAAAUAUGGAUAAAACAGCUGAAUCGUCGGUAAGUGGACACAUGAAACAAAUCAAACAAGAUAAAAUAAAUCCAACAGAUCAAUUAAAGGAAAAUACCAAGAAUUUUAAUACCACAAGAGUUUCAACUCGAAGCAAUGACAAUGAUCAAAACUAUACUCACCUGUGUGAUUUGAAGAAAAUAGAAAUGAUUCCUGUUGAUAAUAGAAUAGACAUAUCUAGUCUUGAGCCAAAUGAAAAGGAGAAAUUGAAAGAAAACCUUAGAACUAGCAUAAGCAACACUGCUCAAACAAGUUGUGUUAAAGUUAAGAGGCAAAGAAAUUUAGCAAUUGCUACAUUAAUGAAAUUGUUUUCGGAUACGCCACCGUCUAGACAAGACGAGGUUUCAGAGGUGAAACCACAUUUAAUAUCACCUCAAUACUUUGAAUGUUCGGUCUGUGAUAAUGAGAGACUUAAUAAGACUGAUAAGAAACAAUUGGAAACAAGUAUUGAACAGCUUUCCCUAAAUAAAAGUAGUGAGGCUGAGGAAACACAAACAUAUUAUGUGGAAAAUUCUAUUGAUAAAGUCAAUCAAUGGCUCAAAAGACCAGAUUAUUCUCCAGUAAGUGAGUGUGAUAAUAUUGAUAAGACUGGAAACAAAAUGUCUAAUAUUAGAACAGCAUCAAGUGAAGAAUAUGAGAACAAUGAAAGGUUGUGUUCAAAUGUAAAAAAACCGAUUGAAAAAGUUAACACAUGGUUAAAAGAUCCCGAAGAGCAAGUCAAAUCUUCCCAAUUGUUCUUAGGACCCAUUACAUUUAAGAGAAAAGCAACGAGAAAGUCUCCAGACACUCAAACUGGUGCGUCAAGCUCUGUUGGUAGCGAACCGCUGGUUGUGGAACCAAUAAAAAAUUAUGUGCCUUCCGCAUAUGCGACUGAACUGUCGGAGAAGUAUAUGAAACGCGUGAAAGACAAAACUGCGUCCACUCAAGAUAUUUGGACAAAGCUGGAAGAGGACUUAAAGUCAAAAGAUGAAAUUGUUAGAAGAAGGAUUUCUAGUCCUGAUUCUUGAUGAAGGAUCACUCAAA